AUACUCACCACGGUCCACGACAGGCCUUUUUUUUUUUUUUCUUUUCUUUUGCCAAGCACGACAAGCUAUUCUCGGGCAGUUGGCAACUCGGCUAGAAAACAAAACAUAACUUAUUCGUUGUUUAUUAUCCUAAUUUUCCUCUUUUUAAUUAUUUAAUUUUUGGAAAAUUAAAUAAAAAUAAAAUACCCAUUAGCAAUGAGCAAUAAAAAGCUUGUGCAACGUCAACAAUAAUCACAGAUAAAGUGAAACAUUUGUGUGAUCAGCAAAGGGGCUCUGAGAAUCAAAAAGUUAGGAUUUGGCUUGCCUCCCUUUCCAGUUGGACUGGACCCGUUGGAUGAUGGUAUUUGUGCUUGAUGCCCUGUUUGGCGUUGAGAAAAGUGUAAUAAUAUAAUCAAUUAUGAGGAUCAAGAAAGGGAGUAAAGUUGAAGUAUUAAGCAAGGAAGAGUUGCCUUCAGGCUCCUGGCGUUGUGCUGAGAUCAUCUGUGGUAAUGGCCACAACUACACAGUUAGAUAUGAUGGGUACAAGGCUGCCCAUGGUGGGACAGUUGUGGAAAGGGUCUCCAGGAAGUCCGUUAGGCCUUGUCCUCCUCCACUUGAAGUUUCUGAGAACUGGGUUGCUGGCGAUGUUGUGGAGGUGUUUGACAAUUUUUCUUGGAAAAUGGCAACUGUUUCCCAGGUUUUGGGGGAUAAUUACUUUUUGGUCAGGUUACUUGGAUCCUCUCUGAAAUUUGAAGUCUUCAAGCUUGAUGUUCGGGUGAGACAGUCUUGGCAAGAUGACAAAUGGGUUGUGAUCGGAAAGGGUUCUGGCAAUUUUGAAGAUGCGAAACGUGAUAAAAAUCAAAUUCUGAAGUGCAAGCUAAACUUAAGCUCCCGAGUUGAGAAUUCAAACACAAGGAUGAAUGUACGUGUAAAAGAAGACUGUGUUCCUGUUAAGAACAGAGUGACUUUCCAGGAAUCCCAUGAUGUUUCUUCUAAAACUUUGAAGAGAGGGUCAGCCUAUUGCCAUUCUCAAGCUGAGUUAUGUACAGGAGUUGCCCUGAAAUUCAGAGCAAUAGAGAAAGAAGGCAGGCGUCACAGAGUGGAAGCUGCCAAUUCGUCCACAUUGCCUAUGCAGGUAGAUGCCAUUGCUUUCCCGAGAGGGAUGCUGGGUGAAAACUUCAUCAAUGCGUCCUCUAACAACAGAACAACUGGGAUUUCUGAAGUAGACGUAGAAAGGAGGAAAUCAACCGGCACUUUUGGGUGUUCAUUUGCAAACUUAGAAUCUAAUUUUGCUAGUGGUGUUUCAUGCUCUGUUGGUAGCUGUAGCAUCACUAGCAGCAGUUCCUAUAAGUUGCCUCAUAAUGUUUCUACAGGUCAUAUUAAGGAUGAUGAUGGCCAUUCUAGCGAUGCUGAAUCUUUUUUUCGGUGGGGAUAUGAGGAAGGAAAUUCUCUCCUUACUACAAAAGAGGAACUAGCAGCUGAAAUACAUAGGUUAGAAUUGCAUGCUUACCGUUGCACCAUAGAGGCACUGCAUGCAUCAGGACCUUUAAGUUGGGAACAGGAAGAAAUGGUGACAAAUCUUCGUAUUUCACUCCAUAUAUCCAAUGAUGAACAUUUGAUGGAGCUAAGAAACUUGGUUUCUGAUACCUGCAUUCGUGUUAGAUGACAGGAAAAUCUGGGAAAUGUUUUCUUUCAGUUCAUUCUUUAUUUUAUCCUCUAGCUGUAGGAUCUGAUAAACGUUUUCUUUUAUGGCCUCGCUACAUUGUAACAAGCAAGAUGAGACGUUUCCCUUUUUUUGUUUUUUUUGGUUUUACAAUUUACAAUAAAUUGUUGUCUAGUUUGAAGUGUAUCUACUACAAACCAUGCCAAGCAAUGAAUGUUUCUAAGCUCAUCCUUGUGCAUCAAUUAUUGUCUUGUUUUUUGUUCUGGGGUCUUGUACUACUUUACAUAUUGUUACUGUUAUGUUUAGUAUCUUUUAUGUUACAAUAGAAGUACACCAUAAAAGUUGCCAGCUAUUGUCAGAUAGUGAGGAUUGUAUACUACUAUUACUAAGAGCUAUGCCAGAUCAGAUUUCUGCUUUACUGUGAAAUUUACUGCUGACAAUUGAACUUUUGUGAUAUUAGGAUCUUAUUUUUUGACUAAAAGUCUCUGAACAUUAUGCUAAUGACUUUCGCACACUUUGUGUCAUUUUAUCUCUCCCUGUUCUUCAAUAUGAAGGAGUUAAUAUAUUGUUUUCUUUCAUGGUUCCCUGCGUAGACAGAGCCAUUCCUCGCUUUCUAGUUUUAUAUCCAUGUGUGGUGGGAUUGAUCUUUUGAAUUCAAUUAUCUCUGUACUGCUGGCACUUGGCAGUGUGAAAAAUUACAUUUGGGGAUGUUAUUGAUGCUUCCCGUACAUUUUCCAGGGCUGAUGUAGGAGGCUUGUGCACCUCACUUCCAAAUUUCCGAGGAGGAUGUUGGGGUUUGCCACCUAUCUCGGUCUAUUAGGGCAUCUGAUGAUGAACAGUUGAUUUCAUUAUAUUCUGCAGUCACUGGACUCUUCCAUUUCAGGCCACAUGUGUGCCUUAGAUAUCAGUGCUGCUGAAGGAUGUGAGACCAGAAUCUUGUGGCUGCCACAGGAUGACCUGAUAUGUGGAUGCUUGACGGUUUUAUUUCAAGUCUUUGCUUCAGUUUGUUGUAGAUAACAUUGUUUGUCUGCUUAUGUGUGCUUUAUUCAUGAUAUGCUGUGAGUUGAUCACAUGAAAGUUUCCUACUUUUU